AGAAAAUCUGCUUCAAGAGGUGUUGAAAACCUCUGUUGGUUCAAUUCGAGGAUAACCUAAUCUCCAAAACUUCCGUAAGGAAGUUCAAUACAAUAUCCCAGUGUUUUGACAAUUGCGCCUAAAUGAGAAGCGAGGUGAAGCGACCCCAUGUCGCCUAGAAGAGGCAGGCAAAGCAACCGUAGGAGAAGCAAGGGAAAAGCGAGAAGCAGCGAAGAAUCAAAGAAUAAAAGAAAGCGAAGAAGUGAGUGCUUCACUGCAGUAGACUGCUCCUGGCCCUGCAUCAGACUGGGAAGCUCACAGUCAGAUGCCAAAGGCUGCAAAUUAUCUGGACAUCGAGAGCCUUCUUGACCUGACAUGCCAGACAGUUGCAGACAUGAUCAAAGGAAAAACCGCUGAUGAGAUACGCAAUACUUUUAACAUCGAGAAUGAUUUCACCCCAGAAGAAGAGGAAGAGAUUCGUAGGGAGAACCAAUGGGCCAAACCAGCCUUCCCAUUAAUCAUUAUAACUUACACCGUCCUCAUCAGUCACAUUCCAGACCAAAAAUCUGGGAUAGCUGGCAUGGAUUCUACUUCGUUGGAGAUCAAGGCAUGA